GCAGUCUACAAAUCUAUAGAAGUAUUGAGGGGGUGCUCUUGCUACAUGCAAAUAAUCGUCUUGUUCUCUUACUACACUCCAGUCUGUAGACAGCUGCAACUUAACAAUGUCUUUUAACGUAUCAUCGAACGAGGCUGAACUAUCUCUUAGGUUAUACUAUAGUACGAAUAUGCUAAGCCUGCCCCCCGUAGUUUCAGCCGCACUUUUGGUUUUGGCUCUUACCUUUAUUGGAUUUCGGCCUAAAAAAUCCAAAUAUCCACUCGCAAACCCUCCUCAUCGAUUUCAACUUCGACUUUUCAAGCAACUGGAUUUUAUGAAAAAUGGUGUGGGAAUUUUUGGCGAAGCACAGCGAAAAUUCCCUGGGAAACCAUUCAGGAUAAUUAACGAGUUAGGUGAAGCUCUUAUUCUUCCACCCUCUGCUAUCAAUUUGAUGCGCAACGAAGAGGGGUUGAGUUUUGGAGAGGCUGUUAAUCGGGAUUUCCAUGCGCACAUCCCAGGCUUUCAACCUUUCGGCUUUAUCGCCCAUCAUGGACAAAUCGUACAAGUAGUUGCUAAGAAGCAUCUCAACAAGUACCUAGCAACAAUCACUCAACCGCUUUCUGCGGAAGCUUCCUAUGCUGUAGAUUUGAUUUUCGGCAACUCAUCAGAGUGGAAGGAAGUGCGUAUACGGGAUCCUCUCUUGGACCUAGUUGCCCGACUUUCAUCUCGUGUUUUCCUUGGAGCCGAGCUAUGCCGUGAUGAGAAUUGGCUCAAGAUAACAAAGGAAUACACGAUCAACUCUUUCCAGGCAGCAGUAAAGAUGACGAUUGUGCCUUAUCCCCUAAGGUUUAUUUGGCGUCUAUUUUCGAAAGACUGCGCUGUUGUUGCUCGAGACUUCAACAAAGCCGUCGACAUCAUCACACCCGUCAUCGAACAACGUCGAAAACUUAAGGAAGAAGCCCGGUUAAAAGGAGAGAAGGUCCCAUCCUACAACGAUGCCAUAGAAUGGGCUGAGAUGGAGACCCAGUGUCACCCAUAUGACCCAGCAUCUUUCCAGCUUGCACUAUCGUUUGCUGCAAUUCACACUACUACGGAUCUAGUAUCUCAGACCAUGAUGUUAUUAGCACUUCAUUCUGAGGUACUUGUACCAUUGCGCAAGGAAAUUGUAGACGUUCUGCAAGUUGAAGGUUGGACAAAGAGCGCACUUUUCAAAAUGCGACUGCUUGACAGCACCAUCAAAGAAGCUCAACGGAUAAAGCCAAAUACCUACACUGCCUUGCGACGAAUCGCGCUAAAAGACAUCACUCUAUCCGAUAACACUUUCAUUCGCAAAGGCGAACGAUGUAUGGUUGAUGCUACGGGCAUGUUGGACCCAAAACUCCAUCCUGAACCAGAGAAAUUCGAUAUCUACCGAUUUCUCCGUCUAAGGGAACAGCCAGAGUUUGCAAAUAAGGCACAACUAGUUGCUACAAGCCCUGAACACCUAAUUUUUGGGCACGGCAUGCACGCAUGCCCCGGUCGAUUUUUUGCCGCGAACGAAGUAAAGAUCGCGCUCAUCCAUCUUAUUCUCAAGUACGAGUGGAAGCUGCUGCCUGGUAUUACUAGCAUCAAGCCUGUUAUAAUGGGUGUAAACUUGAGAGUCGAUCCAGACAGCAGAUUGUUGUAUCGGCGUCGAAAGGAGGAGGUCAAUCUCGAGUCUCUAGGGUUUGAAUGAAAAGCUAGCCGUGGCACAACUUAAACUGAGUUGCCGGACUUUAUGAUACUAUAGACACAUCCAUCGACAAGCCACCCAGCCUUUCUCAAUCUCCCUUGGGUGUUGUGUAACGCGCCACUUGGUAAAAAUAGUACACUGGGAUACCAAGUAAGAAAAUGUCAACAAAACUACCAACCAACACUUCGAAUGCCGAUCCAUAAUCAUGAGUGGUUUCAACCAUACGCAACUCCAAACGAGACGAUAAUCUUUGUGCCAACCACAAUAACGAGCGCAGGACCGGGAUUGGUGUCAUUGCCUCGGACACGAAAGUUGUAGCCACAAUAGUCACAGCCGUAAACGUGUAUUGAGAGAACGACCAGCCUAGAUGCAGCGCCCACCAUGUACGACCCCACAAUGAUAGCUGUCGGAAUCAAAGUUUGAAACUGGUGCUCUGGCUUGUUAAUAUGCCAUUUGCUGCGCGCAGCAAAGAGCGCAUAUUGUCGUCAA